AUGUCCACACCGACCAUGAAUGCCACACCCAUUGCAGGUGCCAACAAUGUAACGACACCGGGAUCGCAUGCAUCGCCUACACCGCUGCAUCACCAAUCGCCGCAGAUCCCAGUAUCUCAUAGUCAGAGGAAGGAAGUGGUCAUCGUAUUCGUUGUCGAUGGAACAGCUCGAAUGAAACCUCACUUUGAUUUACUAUACGAAGCCUACAUAGAACCCAUUAUAAAACAACUGCGUUUACCCAUCGUAACAGAAGCUGAAGAAGGACAACCCAAGACCAAGAUUACGCCUGUCCUAAAGUAUGGACUCGUUGUGUUUGGUGAUUACGAGCCAUUCUCUGUUGCUACUGUAGAUCGAAAAUACUUUACCUCGGAUCCAAUUCAAUUCCAAGAUAUUGUCAAGCAUAUUCCCUUUAGAGAGGGAGGCAUCAUCAAGAAUGCAGUAGGUGAAGGCAUGGUAGCAGCGCUGGAGUUGUUUGAUGAAUACAAAGAAGAAGUAGAUGGCAAAGAAUUAAUCCAACACUGCAUUUUGUUAUCCAACAGUUUACCGUACAAGAUGGGAUCCACGUGCAAUCUCGUCGACAAAUAUGAAGGAUACAAGCUGGAAGAUGUAGCUACAGAGAUGAAAAAGUCCAAUAUCCGACUGUCAUUGAUUUCGCCAAAGAAAACAUGCAAGGAAAUAGAGGAUAUCGUGGUCCAGGUAAACGAACAGCAAACAGAACUGAAUACCAUGCAAGAGACAGCUGUUCCAUCUCAUGUUGUCAAAUUGGCUGGAUUCAAGCUACCAGUAGCACCACCUCUAGUUAUGCCCGCAGAUGCCAACAAAAACUUGAUGCAAGGCAAACAAGCCAUCGACUCAACACACUCUGCACACAGCGAUUCGGGUAAAAAGAGAAAGAGAGAGAACGUGCCUGGAUCCAUCAGUUUACCCAAACCUGCCUUUGAUGCCAAAAACUUUGCUGAAGCAAGUGCCCGUGUCAAUGCCGAGAUUGCCAACAAACGAAGAUCAGUAUCAGGCAUCAAGAAGGAGGAUGUGACAAUGGACGAAAAGCAGCCGAUUUCCAAUGAGCCAAACACUGCUGCACUUGGAUCAACACCACCAUCCAAACCAUCGCCCAUGGCUCAACACGCACAGCAGAUACAGCAAACGCCUCCUCAACAGACGCAAUUAACACCUCAACAACUGCAGCUGCAACAAGCGCAACAGCUCCAGCAACAGCAACAACAAUUGCAUCAGCAACAGCAGCAACAGCAGCAACAGCAACAACAGCAUAUGCAAAACCAGCAACAUCCCUCGCCACAACAGUUGCAACAGCAGCAGCAACAGCAAGCACAACAACAGCAAAUGCAACAACAGCUUCAAUUGCAACAAAUGCAGCAAGCCCAAGCGCAGCAGUUGCAGCAGCAACAGCAAUUGCAAGCUCAACAACAAGCUCAACAAGCUCAACAUCAGCAACAACAGCAGCAAACCCCUCAGCAACAACAGCAGCAGCAAACCCCUCCGCCACAACAACAGCAACAACAACAAACGAUACCAGGUCGCAUGCAAAAUCCACACCAAUUACAACAAUAUCUCUUGCAACAGAGAAACAACUUGCUUGCUCAAGGGGUGAAUCUGACGCCUGUCCAACAACAACAACUACAAACCAUUCAAGCAGCCUUACUCAAGUUGGGGGAUCAGCUGCGUCGAUCCUCUGUUAUGGGGCCCAACGGCGUACCUCAACCUCCAGGCGGUGGCAUCAAUACAUCAGCACCUCCUUCUACCGCAGCAGCUGUUACUGCACCCAACGCAUCUCCCAUGGCAUUUGCUGCCAAUGCUGCUAAUGCUGGUGUUGGCGGUGGCAUGCAAGUCAGGCCCUCUACACCAGAUAUGAGCAACAACAAUGCCAAUACACCUAAUAAUCUGUUGCAAAAUCAAAUGCAACAGCAACAACAGCUCAAUCUUGGUAAUAUGGCAAAUGUACAAAUACCCGCUAAUUUGACACCUCAACAGCGCAUGUUGAUUGCUGCUCAAUUGGCUCAAAGAAACCAAGCAAGCCCUCAACAACCAGGUGCAAGACCUCCCAAUCUCAGCGAAUUGCAAGCACAGCUAUUACAACAACAGGCACAGGCACAGCAAGCGCAACAGCAGGCUCAGCAGCAGCAGCAAGCAGGUGCAUUGAAUCAACAGCAGCUACAAGAUCCAUCAGGCCAAGGUGUUGUCCCUACACAACCCAUUUGGACGGGUCAAAUUGUGUGGCAUAUCAAGACCGCCGAAGGUCAGUUGCAAGAGUUUAGUUGUCAUUGUGGUGCAUUUGCAAUUGCAUUAAAGGGAAAUAGUGUUGGCUUGGACGAAUAUCGCCCUGAUAUCUGGCCAACACGCCUUCAGAUUGCUGGUCGAUCGCCUUUAUCAAGAGCACAAAUACUUCAACGACAAGCCAUAGAAAACAAGCUGCCAUUCUGUCAAUUCAAACCCUUGAAUUCCAGCAGUCAGCAAGAUCAAACCAACUUUACCUUGUUGAUGAGAAAUUUAGAGACAAAGAAAUAUAUUGCUACGGUCGUGUUCAAUCUCGGUGCCACUCAAGUGGGCGGCGCACCAGAACCUCAUCAUGGCGUCGUUAUCACAUAUACAGGCGGUAAACUGAUUGGUAUUGUGUUUACACGAGUGCCACUACCAGACUUGAAUGCAGGCGGAGGCACCACUGUUCCUCCCAACAGUAUGCCUCCUGGCGCAAUUCCUCAAAGUAUGGCGCCUAAUGCAUCUACACCUGCGUCAGGCAGCAACAUCAAUCCAGCCAUGCUGGCCAAUCUACAAAACACAGCUAAUUUGAGUCUCUUGAAUGCAAACAACAAUCCCAAUGUACAGCAUUUACAAAACACGCUUAGACAACAGCAAAUGAUGAAUGCUGCGGGCAUGGGGAGUCCUGCUACAGGUGGUCAGCAAGGGCCACAACAGCAGGGUCAACAACAGCAACAGCCAAAUCAAGGCCAACAGAAUAUGAAUGGCCUCAAUGCCAAUAGUCUAUUGCUCUCCAAUAUCAACCUAGGCAACAAUGUGGGCAAUAACAACAUGAACAAUCUCAAUGCUGGUAACCUGCUUGGUAUGAACAAUAUCAAUAUGGCCAAUCUUGCAAAUCUCAAUCUACAACCCAACGCUGUAAGAGAUUUACAGCAGAGACUAUUCCUUGCCAGACAGCAACAGCAGCAACAGCAGCAACAGCAACAGCAACAACAGCAACAACAAAAUGGGCAGCAUCCUCCUCCAGGAAUGUAA